AUGGCUGCGACAAUGUCCAACAGUUUUCGUAGCGGGAAGCUUAUUGUGGAUAUUUCUAAUUUUGCUGACAAGAAUAACAAAUGCAACAAAGUAGUUCUUUCACAUUACUUUAACUUUUCUGUUGGAAUAAUCAUUCCAGGUUUUCAAGAAAUCCCAAAGUCUUUGAAAAAAACAUUACAAGAUUCCAUGUCUGUCCAUUUUGUAAAACUGGUCCCACUGUCAUUGCUUGUUUCUCCCAUAUUCCUGGACAAUUUCUGCAAAAAAGGUCAUCUUUACAUGAUGUCUCAUGGUACAAAGAUUGACACUGAAGAUUGUAUAGUCAUCUUACCAUCUGGUAAACUGAUCAUGAACUUAACAAAAGAUACUUAUGAACGUUUAGGUUUGGAAGGCAAAAAAUCUCAGUUUCAUAGUAUUCGAAACGAUAGAUAUGUUGUUGUAAUCAAUAUGUUGAAUCCAUCUUUUGUGCCUGGAAAGAAUUAUUAUGAACGUGUUAAAUGGUCUUUCACUGAUAGACUGAAUCUCUGUUACAACAUGCUUGUCUCCUGGAUACCACACAAUUGUGAUAUUUCUUCAUCCAUUUCUGCUUAUUUUGAAAUGAAUGACCUUCUCAGUGUUCCUGUUGGUUUGAAAUGCAAGACAAACACAUAUACAGACCUGCCAUUUCCUGUUAUAAAUAGCAAGGAACCAAAUGAUUCAAUUGAGUCCUGUGACUAUGAAGAGUUAUUUGAUUGGCUUGGUUCAAUAUCAUGUGACUGCAUAAACUCUGAUGAUCCAGAUGGUUUUCUCCCUUUGUAUAAAAUAUCUGACCAAAUUCCUUUCUUUUUUCUAAAUUCAUUAGAGGUUUGGAUAUUCAGUCUGAAGAUAAAUUGA